AUGACCUUAAACAAUACCAAGAAAGUGCUGUUGGGUACCACUAUAUCGGAGACAGGGCAGUGCAUGUUUGAUGAUCUUUCCAUGACGAAUAUGGCAUUAGGAAAGUUGGAGAAGCAAGUUCUCGAUGAUAAGGAUGAUGACUUUUGGACUUGCUUGAAAAAUGCUAAAGCUGCUAAAGAGGUCAACCCUAACGAGUUAACUAUUAAUUAA